AUGAUUAGGAACAACAACAGUGGCUUGAAGCGCAAGAGACAGUCUGCGACUCCGACCUUUGACAACACUGGCUCAAACGCAAUUGAUCUGACAGAAGAUGAUGCGACGCCCGUCGCGGAUACGUCGAUGCCGUUAAGCACAUUCCGUCGCCAUGAAAGUCCAUUGGUCCUUCACAGUUCGCAGGUCGGCUCCCGCACUCUUUCACUCAACAGCAACACUACGCAAGUCUCUUCUCAACACAGUGAGAAGCAGCAUCAAGGGCUUGGCGCUUUCUCCAAUCAUAGCGAGACAUACGACAAACAUCUUUCAACCUCGGACACGAUAUCUGAGGACCACUACGACUCUGCAACAGCAGCGAUUGAAGACCAACGAUCCGCACGUAGGGAACGUGAAAGCAACGGCGCGUACAGGUUUGACAGUGACAAACAGUCACUACCUGCGGAGCAAGCAUUGUCUAUAACAAGCAUGAACCAGGCCAACCACACCGUUACCGUAUCUCUUCCGGCAUCGCCGCCCGUCAUGAGUCGCUUGGAGCGCAGACUUCAACAAACCAUGUCGCCUGCCCUAACAUCGAACAAUCCCGUGGCAAACCGGACCAUAGACCCUCCAACCCGGACGGAUACCCCUGUGCUCGACGUGGACACGGACAUGAUCGACGUAGCACCACAACGAACACAACCUGAACAGAACAGCCAGCUCUGCAACAUCCCAGAACUAGCCUCGCCCUACAUUCCACAUACCUCCAUGCGGAAGGCCGUCGAAUACAGCAAUCCCCAAAAGUUCAGCCUCAAACCACCUUUCUGGAACCGGUGGUCUACGAAACAGUACUCCGAGUUCGCCGAGGACCUUAGGGAGCAGUUCGACCCCAUUCGUUACGCGCAGAAACUUAACGUCCCGGUUGAAGAAAUGCAGCAUAUGUUUACCUCUCUCGUUACUCGACCAUUGCAUCAUGCUGCCGAGGCAGCGAGAAGAGGCGAGGAAGGCAUGCAGGAGAUUAUGGACUUGUCCAAUAAGUUCGGUGGUCGUAAUAGACGGUGGGGUCGUGGUGGCGAGGGCCCAGGUGAUGAGCCAGUCUACGGCGAACUAGCCGGAAUUGAGAAGCAGACCGUUAUCCUCACAACAGAAAUCGGAUGGAAGCGUAAACUUCGCCUCGGCCAGCUGUCAGGUAUCGAUGUCAAGUUCCUUCAAUCCCAGCUGCUAGAGCAGGACAAACCGCUGUUCUGGCACGGCGAAGCAGAAACCGAGACCGAUCUUGAGCGUCUGAACGAGAAGUAUGGAAGUCGCAUUCGGCACUGGGGAGCACGGAACAAGGAUGGUAAAAGGCUUUUUGGUGCUAUGGCUGGGAUAGAGCGAGGUGUGAUUCUGGUACAGACCAAGUCGACCACGUCUAAAGGGCGGUAUCGAUUCAAGCUCGAGGAAUUCGUAGAAGCUGAUGAUCGGUGUCUUGAAGGUUGGCUUUCGAUGGCGGAGCAGAGGGUGCUGAGGGCGGAGGAGGACGAGGAGGACGAGUAG